ACUUCCCCACACCUCCUCCCUCCCUGCUUCCCCUCACGCCCGGCCGGCCUUCACUUUGCGCAGGCGCCUUUUGAGGUAGCUACCCAAAGUGGUAGAGACGCUUUUCCCGCCUGGCCGCGGGGCGUGGCUCCUGUGCGCAGCUUGAUGACGACAUUGCGGCGCCGUGGCGGAAUGGCGGCUUCCGGCUCUAACGCGGUCAAUGCUUGGUUUGCUAAGAAGGCCAUUUUCGACUCUCCACUGGAGGCUGCUAUGGCAUUCCCUCACCUGCAGCAGCCCAGCUUUCUACUGGCUAGCCUGAAAGCUGAUUCUAUAAAUAAGCCCUUUCCACAGCAGUGCCAAGACUUGGUUAAAGUCAUUGAGGAUUUUCCAGCAAAGGAGCUGCACACCAUCUUCCCAUGGCUGGUAGAGAACAUUUUUGGCAGCUUAGAUGGUGUCCUCAUUGGCUUGAACCUCCGCUGCUUACAGGGGCAUGUGAGUCCUGUGGAGUACAGCAUCGCGAUGGAAUUUCUUGACCCUGGUGGCCCAAUGAUGAAGUCGGUUUAUAAGCUUCAAGCUGAAGACUAUAAGUUUGACUUUCCAGUCUCCUACCUGCCUGGUCCUGUGAAGGCAUCCAUCCAGGAGUGUGUCCUCCCUGACAGUCCUCUGUACCACAACAAAGUCCAGUUCACCCCUGCUGGGGGCCUUGGCCUGAACCUUGCCCUGAAUCCGUUCGAGUAUUACAUAUUCUUCUUUGCCUUGAGCCUCAUCACUCAGAAGCCACUACCUGUGUCCCUCCACGUCCGUACUUUAGACUGUGCCUAUUUCAUCCUGGUGGACAGGUACCUGUCAUGGUUCCUGCCCACCGAAGGCAGUGUCCCCCACCACUCUCCUCCAGCCCAGGGGGUGCCAGCCCCUCACCACCUCCCAGGCUGGUCUCAAAUGCCUGGCCUCAAGAAAUCCUCCUGUCUUGGUUUCCCAAAGUGCUGGGAUUACAGGACACCAGCCAUGCCCUUUGCUUCCUAUGGCCUCCACCACACUAGCCUCCUGAAGCGACACGUCUCUCAUCAGACGUCUAUGAAUGCAGACCCAGCCUCCCGUGAGAUCUGGAGAUGGGAAACUCUGCUCCAGGUUUUUGUUGAAAUGUGGCUUCACCACUAUUCCUUGGAGAUGUACCAAAAAUGCAGUCCCCACAUGCCAAGGUAUGUUUGCACAGUUUUUCUUCCCACCUCCUGCUUCUGACUCUGCUCAGCCUGCUGGUUCUUAUCCUGCCUCUGAGUGAGUUUUCACAGGCUGCAUGGUGGGAAGCAGAAACCAUCACCCACCUGUCACUCAGAAGCCGAAUAAAAGGUGGACAUCUUUCUCUACUUCCUGGUGGCG